GGAUGCCCGUAUCCCAAUCCUACCACCAGCGUGCAGCUACGCAACGGCUCAGGGGGCGGCCUCGUGCUUCUCCAAGACACCCAACUGAUUGAGACACUGGCUCACUUUAACCGUGAAAGAAUCCCCGAACGUGUUGUCCAUGCCAAAGCUGCUGGUGCUUACGGCGAGUUUGAGUGUACGCACGACUGCACGGACAUCACCUCCGCCAGCUUCCUCAGCAACGUUGGCAAAAAGUCAGACGUGCUGCUACGCAUCUCGACGGUUGGCCCUGAGCGAGGCUCUGCCGAUACCACGCGAGACGUCCAUGGCUGGGGCAUGAAGAUUUACACGGACGAGGGCAACCAGGACUUUGUCUGCAACAAUAUUCCCGUCUUUUUCGUCCGGGAUCCCAUCAAGUUUCCCUCGUUGAACCGCUCUCAUAAGCGCCAUCCCCAGACAAACCUGAGCGACUCGGACAUGCCUAACAAUUGUCAUUACAGCUUCCAUCUAGGCAACCCUGAAGGCAUCCACGCCCUCAUGCACCUCUUCAACGACCGCGGAACGCCCGCCUCUCUCCGCAACAUCAACGCCUACAGCGGCCACACAUACAAGUUUACCAAAGAGGACGGCACAUUCAAGUACAUCAAGCUCCACAUCAAGGCCCAAACCGGCGUCAAGAACUUCACCGCCGACGUCGCCACCAAGACGGCCGGCGAGAACCCGGAUUAUCUGACGCAGGACCUCUUCGAGGCCAUUGAGCAGGGCAACUUCCCCAAGUGGGACGUCUUCGUGCAGGUCAUGGAUCCCAAGGAGGCGGAGACGUACCGGUGGAACAUCUUUGACAUGACAAAAGUGUGGCCGCACAGGGACUUUCCGCUGCGGCAGAUUGGCGUCUUGACGCUGAAUCGAAAUCCCCAAAACUACUUUACCGACAUCGAGCAGGCUGCUUUCUCGCCCUCCACCAUGGUCCCCGGCAUCGCCCCUUCAGCCGAUCCCAUGCUGCAAGCCCGCAUGUUCGCCUACCCCGACGCAGCGCGAUACCGCCUCGGCGUAAACUACCAGCAGCUGCCCACGAACCGCAGCAAGGCCCCCGUCUACACGCCCUUCCAGCGCGACGGCUUCAUGAACUUUUCCGACAACUACGGCGCCGACCCCAACUACGUCAACUCGUCGCUCAAGCCCACGCCGCUCAAAGCCGGCGGCGGCGGCGGCGGCGGCAGUACGAUUACGGAGCACGAGAGGUGGGUUGGUGAGGUGAGCAGCUUCACGAGCGAGGUUGGGCCCGAGGACUUUGAGCAGGCGACUGCGCUUUGGCGCGUGCUUGGGGGUCAGGAGGGCCAUCAGGAGAGGUUUGUUGGGAAUGUGGCGGGGCAUUUGUCAAGGGCGAAGAAUGCGACGAUUCGGAGUCGAGUCUAUGAGUACUUUUCCCAUGUGGACAAGGAGCUUGGGAGUCGUCUUCGCGAAGUUACUGAGGCCAAGGUUGCUGCGUAA